GGAAUGUGAUAUGAAUUUCCAUUUCCGUAUAAAACCAAAAGUUAUCGGAUUAGGGUUUUGUAACUCUGAACAAGAGCGUGGUUAAUCUCCUGUCUCCACACCCACCGUGAUCCGGGCUCUGUGCCGCCGCCGCCGAAACCAUGAUAAUUCCCGAGAAGAACCGUCGAGAGAUAUGCAAAUACCUCUUCAAAGAGGGAGUUUGCUAUGCGAAGAAGGACUUCAAUAUGCCAAAACAUCCUGAGAUUGAUGUACCGAAUCUACAGGUGAUUAAGUUGAUGCAGAGCUUCAAGUCGAAGGAGUAUGUCCGCGAGACCUUCGCUUGGAUGCACUAUUACUGGUAUCUCACCAAUGAUGGCAUCGAGUUCCUUAGAACCUACCUCAAUCUCCCUUCUGAGAUCGUCCCGGCUACUUUGAAGAAACAAGCUAAGCCUGUUGGUAGGCCUUUCGGCGGCCCACCUGGCGAUCGCCCUCGGGGUCCACCUAGAUUCGAAGGAGAACGGAGAUUUGGUGACCGUGAUGGCUACCGUGGAGGUCCCCGAGGUCCUGGUGGUGACUUUGGUGACAAGGGUGGUGCACCUGCUGAUUACAGACCCUCUUUUGGGGGUUCUGGUGGCAGAACUAGUUUUGGACGUGGUGCUGGAGGUUACGGAGCUCCAAAUAGUUCAGAUCUUUCCUAAAGAAUAUUGAUCUGUGCCACAGAUUUUGGAAUUACUAGUUAUUAGCUAUAUAGACAAAUGCAGGCGUGGUAAGGAGUCUAGAGAGGAGACUCCCAAAUAUUGUUUGAGCGACGUGACAUUAUUGUUUCAUUACGAGUUAUUUCGUCCAAUGAAUAUUUCCAAUUUUCUGAUUC